AUAUAAUAAGGAGAUUUAUAAUAUAAAAACUGGAAAAUUUUUAGCACUGGAGGAUGUUAUGGUAUUUAAAAAUUGGAAACUUGAGUAAUGACAGAAAUCAGCUGUUGACACAAAGAACAAUCACAUUCCGUGACAAGAGACUAUUUAUUAUCUAACACGAUACUGUUAUCCAUCAACAAGCGCCACUGUGUUUUAUUUUUAAAAUUACAAACCGUCUGACAUUUUUUACCUCGUGGCGCUAGUGUCGAAAUUUUUUUGGCGGGAAUUUUUAAAUUGAGAAUGAAGAAAAGUUUGAACUUAUUAUUUAAAUAGUCACAAAAAAUUUGAAAAAAAAAUUUUUUAAAACAAAAUGGCGCUACCUAAAUUAGAUGAUUACACGAUUAUUGAAAAAAUCGGAACUGGAAGUUACGCAACUGUUUAUAAGGCGGUAAAAAAGGAUAACCGCUGCGUGGUUGCACUUAAAUGUGUAGACAGCUCAACACUUUCGAAAUCGGCGAUCGAUAAUCUAAUUACAGAGAUAAACUUGUUAAAAGUGUUAAAACAUGAACACAUUGUUGAGAUGAAAGACUUUUUUUGGGGCGAAGGACGUAUAUACAUCGUUAUGGAAUACUGUGAUGCUGGAGAUCUAUCGACGUUCAUAAAGAGAAAAAAUAAUUUACCAGAAAAAGUGUGCCGUAAAUUUUUGCAGCAGCUUGCACUUGCACUCAAGUAUUUGCGCUCUAACAAUGUAUGCCACAUGGAUUUAAAACCACAAAAUCUUUUACUUAUUAGAAAACCCACAUUAAGACUAAAAGUCGGAGAUUUUGGUUUCGCUCAAUAUUUAUCCACCGACGAACAUAAGUUCGCAAUCCGUGGAUCACCACUUUAUAUGGCACCUGAAAUAUUGCUUCGUCGAGAAUACGAUGUGCGUGUCGAUUUAUGGAGCGUUGGAGUUAUUAUGUAUGAAUGUUUGUUUGGUAAAGCGCCGUAUUCUAGCAAUACUUUUGAAGAAUUAGCUGAGAAAAUUAAAAGUUGCCGUUCUAUUGAGAUACCAAAAGGAUCGUACGUUUCAAAUGAAUGUAACGAUUUACUACAAUCACUGCUAAAACACGAUCCCGAAGAACGGAUAAGUUUCGACAACUUUUUCGGUCAUGAGUUUUUGGAUCUCGAACAUGCGCCGACGCAAGAAAACUACGAAAAAGCUGUUGCUUUGAUACAAUGCGGCGUGAAAGAAGAUAUGGAAAAAAAUUACCAACAAGCAUUUCAACUUUACUGCAAUGCGCUUCGCUACUUUAUACCAAUACUGAUGGACGAAUCAGAUCCGCAGAAGAAAAGACAUCUGAGAUUACGUAUCAACGAAUAUAUAAAUCGUGCAGAUAAGCUUAAGCAAUUAUGUGUGGAUAAAAGUACAGCCAAUGAAGAUAAUCAUCAACAGUUGAAGGAGCAUAGGCAAUUAUUGAUAAGACAACAAUCAACAAAUUCAUUUCCUUAUGCAGAAUUACGAAGUUUGAGCAAAAGCACAUUUGACAUGGCGUCGGGUCUUGAAAUGGGCGAAAUUGGGGAGCAGUACUACGCAGAAGGAAACUAUAGUCUGGCCCUAGAGAAGUACAAAGCUUGUUUAGGGAUUCUUGUGCAAGUUCUCAGCAAAGAACCGCCUGGAAGAAGGAGAGAACUUCUUUAUAAACAGAUUCAAAUAUGGAUGAAACAGGCUGAGUGUACAAAGGGACUUCUUGCGACCAAAGACAUGCAAGAAACGAUCAAAUCUGCUGAAACUACCGAUCAAUGUCGACUGUCUUAGCAAAUUUAAUUUUUUUAUAAAUAAAUUCAAUCAAUU